AUGUUUAUAGAAAUCUUUUUCACGAAAUAAACAAUUAAAUAUAUAUUUAGAUAUUAAUUAAAAGAUUAAUAAUCUAUAGAGAAUAUUAAAGAAGUAUAAUAAGUUAAUAAGUAACAUAAAUAAAUGUCUUUCAAUAAAAGGAGAAAUUAAUUUUUACUUUUAUUGUGCUACUUAUUUAUUUUUUAAUUAGCACAAACUGAAGAUUCUGAUUAAAUUCUUUUAAAUGACUUACGAGAUUAAGAAUUGAAAUCUAAUUAUGAAAAUUCUAAGUUUUUAGUUGAAAAAUCAGAUAAAAUAAAUAAAUUUAUUGAUAUUUACUACAAGAAUACCUAAAACUAAUAUAUUGAGUUUUUCAUCAACUAAUCCGAUGUCUUAGAAUAAAUAUAAUCGACCGAAACAUAAUUUAUCAUUUAUUUUGAAGACUUUCUAAUGAUAUGUUAAAAAAAUGGAAGACAUUAUUAAAUAAACAAUUCGAAGUAAAUAUAAAAUGAAAGCGCUAAAAAUCUAUUUAUUAGAGCUUACUGUUUAGAUUAAUAUCUGGUUUUUACCUUUUUAAGUUAAGAAAGUCAGCCAUUUUUGAAAGAAACUUAAAUUAAAGAAGAAUAGAGCAUAAUAAUAAGUUUAUUAAAAAUUCCAACUAGAAUUGAAGGCUAAAAAAUAUUAGGAUAUUUAAUCUCUGAUGAGGGAAAUCAUUCAAAUUAUGAAUCACCCAAAAAACCUGAUGAUAAUUAAUUUAUCGAGGUUUUCACUAAUUAAUUUUAUAUCAGAUAGUAAUUAAUUUCAACUUAUAAAAGAAAUAAAGAAGAUAAUUCAUAAAAUAGUAUUGCUUUUUCUUUUCUAAAAGGUAGAAAUUUAGGUUGUAGGAGUUGUAAUAACAACAAUAAUGGCAAUAAUGGCAGUAACUACAAUAAUGGUAAUAACGGUAAUAACUACAAUAAUAAUAACUAUAAUAAUAAUAAUAAUUCUUGCAAACCUUCUGAAUACUAUGAUCCUAAAAAUUGGAAUAAGUAAGGUAGAUCUUACUCUCACUGCUUUCCUUGCGAUUAAAGCUGUGCUACCUGCAGCGGAAGUGGUCCAAAUGCAUGUUCAAGUUGCAAAAAUUUAUAUUUUUUGGCUAAUAACUAAUGCCAAUUGUGUCAAGUAAAGAAUGGAAAAUAUUAUGAUUAAAAGUAAUAGACUUGUAAUAAUUGCAUACCCAAUUGCUAAAUAUGUUAAGAUAAUUCUACUUGCUAAACAUGUAAUUCUGGUUAUUAAUUAAAUUCUAAUAAAAAUUCUUGUGACUAAAUCUAAAAUAGUUGCCCAAAAACUAAUUAGUAUAAGUAUUAAGGUACUUGUUAAGAUUGCGAUUAAUCAUGUUAAUAAUGCUCUGGAUCUGGACCUACAAAUUGUACAUAAUGUAAACCUAACUAAUAUUUAGAUUCUGAUAAUUCAUGUAAGGACUGUGAUCAAUCUUGCAAUUCAUGUACAGGUUCAGGAUCAAAAAACUGUGUUUAGUGUUACACUGCAUAUUUUUUAACUUAAGAUAAUGAAUGUGUGACAUGUAACAGUCCUGGAUUCUAUAUAAGCUAAUAAAACUGUUUAAAAUGUGAUUCCUCUUGCUUAUAAUGCUCGGAAUCUUCCAAUAAUUGUAUUGCUUGUUAAUCAAAUUUACUUUACAAUUCUUCAAAUAAAACAUGCAAAAGUGAAUGUGAUGAUGGAUUUUUUCAAUCAGGAUCAGAAUGCUUGCCUUGUGAUUAAUCUUGCAGCACUUGUUCAGGCUCACAAACAUAAUGUACAUAAUGUGCUCCUAACUACUUCUAAUUCGAUGGGAGCACUCUCUGCAGAUAAUGCUAAAGCAAUUAAGUUUAAUAAAUCUAAAAUUGUGUUAAAGUAUCAUAAUAAUGUUAAUUAAAUUAAAUAACUCAAAAAUAUGAACAAGUUUCAAUUUGCAACUAAUGCGCUGGCACUAUGGUGUUAUAAAAUAACUAAUGCAUUUAGUCUUGCUCUCUAAUAGCUCAAAACUAUGUUUACAAUGAAACUCUAUAAAGCUGUCAAUGCUCUAGUUCUUAUCCAUUUUAAUAUAAAUAACCAGACGGUUCUAUUUUGUGCAGUGCUAAUUAAAUGUAGGGAUCCUUUUGCAAUAGCAGCAAAAUCUGUUCUCCUUGCUCUAUAUAAAAUUGCUAGACAUGCAAUUCAGAUAUAAGUAUUUGUGAUCUUUGUCAAAAUAAUUACUAUCUUUGGUAGAGCAAUUGCAAACCUAGCUGUGAUUCAAGCAACGGUCUUCAAAUUUCAGCUUCAAAAACCUAAUGUGAAUGUCUUAAAAACUAUUUUUUUUCAGCAACUUAAAAAUCUUGUAUAUUAAGACUAGCGAUAACUUAAAUAAAAUUAUCAAAUAAUUCCGAAUACAACAUAAUAACUGUUGUUUUUAAUAGAAUUCCUUUCCCUGAAGAAAAAAGUUUAAUGAGUUUACUUAUAGACCCUAAUAAACUCACAUUAAACAAAGAUUAUGUGAUAGUUUCUUAAUAGUUGGUUGACUAAAACCUUAUUUUUUAAGUCAGCGUAUAAAAUAACUUGAAAGUUAGCUAAUUUGUAAUCAAUUAUAAUAAUUAGCAAGAAAAGUAUGAAGUGCAAAAUACAAUAUUAACAUCUCAGUAUGUUAAUUAGAAAUUACAAGGUAUGCAAGACACCAUGUAAAGUGUUAAUAGUGCUGGAUAAACCCUUUCUCCUUAAGAAGGUGCUGCUUUCAUGAUAGUAAAAACACUAAAAAACUUUUAAAUUUUGUGUUUGCUUUCUAAUUUUGUUUAGAUAUUAGGUCCUCUGAUCAUUUUCAAAGCUUAUUUGCCACAGCUUGCUUAUGUAGGUACUCUGCUGGGGGCAUCAUUUAUAUUUAAUAAGAUUCCAGACUCAAGUGUUCUUAGUAACAAACAGAGCUCAUCAUAGAGCAACGAUGUAUAACAAACAAGUUAAUCCUUAUUUGAGUAAAUAGGCUUUAGCGAUAAUAUAUAUUAGAGUUUACUCAUUCCUCAUCUACUUCUUAUUUUAGCAGUUGUCAUCACUUUACUAUGUUUAUUUGCUAGAUGGGUUAUGAGAGGAAAACAAUAUACAAUAACAGUAGUAAAUAUUUUAAUUAAUACCAUGUCUUCACUGCACUAAGGAUACAUAACCUGUACCUUAUUCAGUAUUUUCUAUGCACUUCAAAAUUCUUCUCAAAAGCAAUAUGCUAUUUUAUAAUUAAUAUUCCACAUAGUCUUCGUCAUCUUAAUUGCUUGCAUUAUGUUUAAGCUUGAUGGAUUACAAAUAUAAAAUAACAUGCCAAACUUUAUACUUAAUUUGAAUGUCAAAUCAAAAGGAUGGAAAAGUUAUUUGCUUAUGAGCUAUGCUAAAAAAUAUGCAUGUAUCCUUUUAAUACUUUUUCUCUAGUAAAAUCCUUUCUUUUGUGGAAUAAUUAUAUCAAUCAUAUUCUCCUGCUUUGCUUUAUAUCUACUCUAUUUUAGAUUUUUCACUCAUCCCUUUUUUACAGUUUAUAAAAUUAUUUAAGAAUUAGUUAUUUCUUUGGCAUUUAUUUUGUUCUCAAUUUGUGUUAAAAAACAAAUAGACAUGCUAAAUGAAGAUGUUAUCUCUGAUGAAGAUAUUAUUAAUGUAAGUAAAUUUAGCUUAAUUGUGCUUAUUUUAUUUGGAGUUUGCUUAAUAAUAAGUUUUCUCUUAUUCUUAAUUAGAACUACAGUAUAAAUCAUUACUGUUGUUUAGUAAAUAAGAAAAUAUUUUGAUGAAAGAAAAAAGAGAAGAUUAAGUAAUUUUGAUGUAGAAUCUUUGCUUCAAUCAAUAGAAAAUUAAAAAUAAAACACAACCCUUGGCAAUAAUAUUAAUUCUACUUCAAAAUAUAAACCAAAGCUAGCAAAUCAAUAAUAUCUAACUAAUGAAUCAUUAUGA